AUGUUUUCAAAUCCUAUUAUUCGAUGUCUUACUGGUAUAAUUGAAAACGAAAAAGGCUUCAAGGAUGGAACCACUUUUUUAGAUGGUCAUGAUACACGCAUUGAAUAUAGUAAUUUAGCCAAAUAUCCUAAAAGGGAGUAUUGGAGUUACAAAUAUAAAGAUUCUGGAUUAAGAACUCAAGUAUUGAUGGAUAAUCAAGAAUUAGCAAUUGCUAUUUCGAAAUCCCUACCAUGUGCUCCUAAUACAGACAUUGGUAUGUUCAAGCAAAUGGAGAGAAUCCCAAAACUAUUAGAUCCUAGUGUGGAUGUAUUGUAUUUUGAUGGUGGUUAUUUCUUGGGAAUUCCUGAUUAUAUUGAAAAAUUGCAAGAAAAAGGAUAUGAUUUUGAUGAGUCAAAUUUCAGAACUCCAAUUAGAAAACCAAGAAAUCAAGAUCUAACAUACAGUGAAGCACAAUAUAAUGAAGAAUUUGGUGCUUUUCGUGGUAUGAUUGAAACAUUAUUCUCUCAUAUUGGUGAGAAAUUCAAAUUUUUCAAUCCUCAUUCAGUUGCUAAAAUGAGUGGAGAUUUGGAAAAUGUGUGGAAUUUAAAAUUGCAUUUGUGUUGUUUGACAUUCAUAGAUUCGUAG